AGGAGGAGGAGAGGAGGAGGAGGAGGAGCCGCCAACCGAGCCAGUUGUCAGCACUAUGCCAGAGAAAGGCUAAGAAUAUAGGGCUCUUAAACAUUGAUGCCAUGUUAUGUAGCUACAAUGCCUGGAGAAAAGCACCAGAAAAAUAGGCAACCAGCUAACAAAGUUUUAAAUCAGCUUUCCCUGGGUGGCAGUGGCUCAGCCAGUCAGCAGUUUAGCUUGGCUUCUCCUAACAGUCAUGUCCAAACUGUAUCCCAUUCAGUCACUGGGAAGAUGGAGCGACAAAAAAGGAGCGAUGUCUGGAAAUAUUUUACAAGGAUAACAGAUGACACUGUUAAAUGUGAAUUGUGUAGCAGAGAGCAGAAGUAUUGAGCCACUUGAAACAGAAGCAUUCCUGUGACCUGUCAUACGGAAAAGGAGCCAAAACUCAAACACCGGUAGGAUGCAUUGCUUCUGGAAAUUCAAGAAGCAACAACACACAAUGUGCUAAAAAACUAAACGAGCUGCUCUGCGCCAUGAUCACAACAGACAUGCUGCCUGUAAGUGUCAUUGAGGGAACUGGUUUCCGUGCCCUGAUGAGUUUUGUAAAACCUGAAUACUGUGUGCCUGAGAGGCAGACCAUAACUUCACAACUAGAGAAGUGCUAUGAACAGUCUGUGAAGUCCCUCCAGGAAAAAUUGGAAAACGCUGUCCAAGUAGUCCUCGCCACUGACUGCUGGACAGCAUUAAGCACCGAAUGCUACAUGACUGUUACUUGCUAUUAUAUUGAAGACUGGGAGCUUCAGUCUGCAGUUCUGCACACAGAAAGUAUGGCAGAACGAGACACAGCAGAAAACCUUGCUGAAAAGUUGAACAGUACAGCGGAAAGAUGGGGUCUGGCUGGCCGUGUCUUGGCUUGUGUACACGAUAAUGCAAGCAAGAUGUCCCUCGAUGUGUUGGAAAGGGCAGUGACCUGGGAAUCUGUUUGUUGUUUUGCUGAUUCUUUGCAGCAAGCCAUAAAUGAUGGCUUUUCUGCUAGUGGUGUGGAUCAUAUUGUUGCAGCUGCAAAUCGGCUGGUUUCACAUUUCCACCGCAGCACUGUGGCUGCAGAAGCAUUAGAAAGAAAACAAACACAGCUUCAGCUAAAGCAACACCGUCUGAUCCAGUUAUGUAAAACUCACUGGGAUUCUGUAUAUGACAUGUUUGAAAGGCUCUGUGAGCAAAGGUCAGCUGUAACGGGUGUGCUUUCAGAUAGCUGUGUCACAAACCAGUCUGAUGCCCAAAUGCUUCAGCUGCAAGAGGAGCACUGGCAAUUAAUUGAAGAGAUCCUUCCAGUACUUUCCUCCUUAAAGUGUGCUACAGCUGCCAUGUCUGAUGAACUGUCUGUUUCCAUUUCAAACAUUUACCCAGUUUGCAACAGUCUUCUCCAAAAGCACCUCCAAAGUGAAACUCCUGUUAAAAAUAGAAAAGUUGCUUAUUUCAAGACUGCUCUUCAUCGCUUUUUGGAGCAUCACCUGCAACCCAACAAUCCUGCCAUCACUGCCAAACCUGCACUGAUUGCCUCCUUGUUAGAUCCGCGCCAUAAACACUUGCAGUUUCUUUUGCCUGUCAUCCAGAUUACUGCUAAAUCGAAACUUCUGCAACUGGCAUCAAUGGUAGAAAUAGAAGAACUGCCUCGGAAUACUGCGAUGGAGCAGAUGAGAACUGAACUGGAUGAGCCAGAACCAGUGGUGAAGAUGACAACUGAAUCGGAUGAGCCGGAACCAGCAGCGAAAAAAAGACGUGAAACUGAGGCUAUAAUGAUGCUUUUAGGAGAAGAUUAUACCAAGCAGGAAUAUGAGAGGAAUGCUGUAGAGAAUGAAGUGGAAAAGUACUUUAGGGAGCCCUGUCCUUCAUUAAAGUGCAGUCCACUGGAGUGGUGGAAGGUCAAUGCACAGCGUUUUCCAAGGCUUGCAAAACUGGCAAAGGGUUAUCUGUGCAUUCCGGCAUCAUUUGUGCCCACAGAGUGUGUGUGUUCAAAUGUUAGCCUUACUGUUAAUCAUCUGCGUGCCAGACUGGCACCAGAGCAUGUGAACAUGCUAAUAUUUUUGAACAAAAAUCAGUAGUACGCUGAAAAUUAUGCAAUAUCAUGCAACUCUAGUGCUGAUUUUUGUUACAUUUCCAUAACACCAAAAAACAUUCACAAACACACACCAUUCAGAGUGCAGCUCUGACAGGGGAAAGAAGAAAACCCUACCUUUUUCACUUUAUGUCCAUUUUAUAAUAUAAAUAAUUGUUUUGUUUAUCUGAUUAGGGAGUGUUAGGGUGGAGCCCUACACAUGCUUGGUGGAAGUAAAGGGGAAGUACUAGUCUCAGAUCUGCUUUUGCUCAUAUGCUAGAUGUGCUAUAUCUUAGUUUCCUUCUCUCUAAGAAAGACUGAACAAUCGGCGGGGGUUCACUUCAGUGUAAAAUGAUGUUUUGAAAUUGGACCAUGUUUUGUUUUUUUGUUUUUUUCCACCAAGCAGGACUGUGGACACUUCCCCUCCACCCUAAUAAGGAAGGGGUUGUUAGAACAGUUUAGUUUGUUUACUUAGUUGUAGAGGGAGCAUAUUUUUUUUUCUUAGAGUCAGCAGUACAAUUGAUGCAGCAUAAUGUGAAUGGAAAUAAAAGUGGACUUUUUGCA